CGACAUGACAUGCGAGCUGCAACAACAUGUUGUUGGUUUAAUAUACGGACGUAAAGGACAUCUUAUAAAUUUGGAAGCCGUUAUAAAAAUGAAAAGUGAAGGCACAAGUAUGAACACAGAAAUCGAUGCACAACAAAAUCAUGACGAUCAAAAUCAAAACAGUGAAGUUAUGGGCAGUGAAAAUAUUGAAAAUGGAGAGGCAAUAAAUAGCAAUCAUCAUUUGUGUGAACCAUCAAACCAGGUAGUCAAUAAUACAGUACCUCCUAACAGUCAAAUGAGUAGUACAUGUGGUACUCUUACACCCAGUACUAGUACUUCUACCCCAGAGGAAGCAUGGAAACCAAUAAGUGAUAAACACAAGUUAAUCUCUAUAGACUUCCUUUGUCAAUGUAUGCUUGAAACUGGUGUUACUACUACUACUACUGGUUUCAUCAGUGACACAACGGAGUGUAGUGCAUGUAAACUGAGAAACUGCGUGCAUUAUGAAACGGAAGUCACCAUGGUUUGCGCAGCGUGCCCGCGAUUCCCUCGUCUUUGUUCAGCACAAUGUUUUCGAUGGUGGCACAAUGUUCAUUUACCGGCAUCCGGCAAUAAACCAGGAACAACAAUCGAAUCCAAUCAAACCGAUACAACAAUAAGAAAAUCAAAUGACCAAGUUAUGGAUUCAGAAUCCCAGGUACUUGAUCAAUCAAGUGAAUUUAGAGCGCCUGAGGAAUCAGUCCUCCAACCUUGUACAACAUCCGUACAUCGGAAAAAGAAACCGACGUAAAGCAGCCCGAUAUUGUUAUGUGAAAGGAAAAGUUUGGCCUAGAAAAAGUAAACCCGGUUGCUCAUCGAAAACAUACUAAGAUAAUUCUGAUGGACGACGCUAUUUUUGAAUUUAUUGAAAAAAUGAAUGUGCAGUAAAUAUUAGUUGAGCCCAUCAAUACAGGAACUGAAAUCCUUAUGUACAACCGUGAAUCAUGUAAGCAAAAGGCUCUCGAAAUAAGUUGCAAUCUUCCCAACGUCAUGAAGCUGACUUGACACCUAGAGUUCCUAAUUUAAAUAUCUGUAGGCGGAUGAAGAUCUUUCUAUCAUAAUGGACCACAAAACAACGUAUCUGUCUGUCUGUCUGUCUGUCUGGAUUCAACAUAGAACUUGGCACCGAAGUGCAGCAGUUCGAUGGCUCUUACUCCCUUAACAUUAGUGUCAGGUGGUAUAUUGACAUUCAGGUUAGCGAGUCCACAGAACCGUUUAUCAUUUGCUAGCAGAAUCUUCCUUGUAGACAAACAUUACUGCGAGUGUUUUUUGUUUCCAGCGGGCAAAUAUGCUCUUAACAUGUUGACAUUUGGUUCAUACUUUCCUCAAUAUAUUUGUAUAUUUAUCAGUGUAUAGAUACAUGAAAUUAAUUUGUAAAAGUCAUAUUUCGGCAUAGGACAACGUGGUUAAGAUACU